AUGCCUGAACGCGAGAAUAUGAUCAAUUCGGACGCCGAGAAUAUGAGAGAGGCCGCCCGCAUUGUUGCUGCCAUCGACGCCGACCUCAACACAGCCACCAACAAGAGCUCCGCCCACAAAAUGGAGGCAACCAUGCAGGAACAUAGUCGCAACGUUGCGGCCAUCGAGGCCCAUCUCAAAAACACCAGCAACAAGCGCCCUGCCGUCACCAUGAAUCCAACCGAACAGGAACGCCGUCUCAAAAUCAGAAAGAUCCUGUGCAAGGCCCACAACGCCACUCGCCCACGCAACCUUUUCGAAACUCUCGUCGUGGACAGGAUCACCGGGUGCCCGUUGACUGGGAAGCACAUGAGCGUUAAGGAAGCCUGCGCCCUGGUCAAGGAGCAGUGGGUGAAGGAAGGCAUCUGGGAUCCGAAAUGGAGCAAGCACGGUAUUCCCUUCGGUCCCUGGAAAGCAAUGGAGUACAUGAACCCCCCGGGCUUUUGGGAGUGGGCCACGAUGGAGCGCCAACCAAUCCCUAAUGGGCCGUUCCAUCGGUUCCAAACGCACUUGAGCAUGCUGCAACAGAGCAUUUACAAGGAGAAGGGCGAGAUACCACCCGACGAUGUCCUAGCCACCCGCGUGCGCAUGGCGUGGAAAUAUUGGAACAUUUGGAAUCGGAACUGGGGGGCUGCGCCUGGACAGGAGGCUAAGUGGAACCACGAAAUCCCCCUGGAGGCGUGGCUGAAGGACGAGAUGGGUGAUGAGUACAUCUAUGAUCCUGAUACUGCUGUGGAAGAGUACCAUGAGGCUCCUUUACCCGCGUGGUUCGCUCUGGCCAAGAAGGACCCUUCGAAUGUCGACGCGGCCGGGGCCUCAACUUUACCUUCUUUGCCGUUCAUUGAAAGGGACUGCUCCGGUGAGCCUCUGUAUGGUAUCGACAGGAUCACCAAGACAAAGACUAGUGGCAUCAACCGAGCUGCAUUCGGCAAACGACAAGGACCGUCCAUCUUCGGCAGCAUAGACAGCCCAUACCAGUUCAAUCGGAUCCGUCUGCCAAACUGGGAGGGAUGGCCGCUAUACCAAUGCUGUCUGAAGUGUUCCCCGCAUCGUUCUUCAAGGUCAGCGGGGGCCAAACUGUUGGCUUGUGGCCCAUGCAUUCACCAUACUAACUACGACCCAAACACGGCGAUAGCUGAUUCAUAUACACUGGAAAUGUCCAAUACCCCUCGGCGAGCACCAGGAGGUCUCAGCUUCUCAGGGCUGAUAUCACCAUACAUGGACUGGGCGGCACUGGAAAACCCGCAAGACUUCGUUGGCAAUCCCGCUGUCUGGGCCGGGGAGGGCAGGCGGGCAGCCACUCGGCGGAGGCUGGCUCAACAAGAGGCUGAUAAACGCCGGGGAGACCCCGUUGGAACUGGCAACACAGCUCCCACUAAUUCACACUGGCAACGUGGACUGCCUGGCCUCGCUCAAGACGACAUUGGUCAACUCCCGCCAACCGUGGCUGUACCGAACUUUCAGCCAUACGGGGCAAUCAAUGCGAACAGCUUCGAUGCUCAACAAUGGCUCCAGCCGUACAUAGAUCAACAGACAGACGCUCUCCAGGGCUACAGCUACCCUAGAUGUCAAAAGGUACGCCGCCAAUAUCAACUCAAUAGCCUUGCCACAGGCCGGAACUGGUUACAGCCCCUGGCGUACCCAACCCCAAUGACAACUCAACACACGAUUCCACCAUUAAAUACCAGACCGGCAAGUCUCGUCAACACUGAUUACCAUCAGAGGGCUGCUCAAGAUGACAAGCUUAAGUUGCCCCCUCGCACUCGGUUCAUGCACAGCUACCCCGGAAACCUGAACCCAAGGGCCACUGCAUUCCAAGCUCCAGCCCAGCCCUCGGAUCCCGUCUCGAAGUCCGAAAAGAACACUGACGGUAAUAAGAACAAGCGUGAUCGUGCUGCUGAUACCGGCAGGGCAAAACUCAAGGGCCUCGACGACAAGGACCGGUCACAGCGAGCCCCCGCGCCAAAGACAGUCGUGACCACCGUACGCGUCGACGGAGGCACCGCUACCCUGGAUAUUGGGGGAAGGAUUAAUCCGAAGACUGCGAAGACAAUUAAUCUCCUCCGUGAGGGAGUCGUGUUGAUCUGGUCCCGCAGUCCCGAGAACCCUGAUGAUCUGCGCAUUCGUGUCAAGAUCUCUCGUCCUCAGGUGUCUGAUCAGGACAAGGGCGCUACUCAGAAUAAGGGUACUGCUGAGGGCGCUGCUACCGAGGGCACUACUACUCAUGGUACUUCCGAGCAGAAGAAAACCAAUGGCGAGCCCGGUGUCACAGACGAGAAGGGUACUGUAGACGAGGGUGGUAUUGCUUCCAAGAAGGGCACUACCGGUGAAGGCACUGCUCAUGAUGCCACCACUGACGAGGCCACCGUUGACGAGGAGCAUGCCACCGAUGAGAAGGCAACCGCUGAGCCAGCCGAGGACUGGGAUAUGCUCUAAGGUGCCGAUAUGAUACGUGGCAUUGUCCAAUCCCCAGGCUCUGAAAGAAAGAAAAAGAUGGGAAAUAUGAAAAGAAAAACCUGUCAGAAACUGCUUUGUCGUUUUGUUCGAGUCAUUAAUUUCAAGCUUAACUAAAUGCAAGAAAAAAAUAUUAUGC